ACUUGUAGUGAGUCCGCCAUUGCUGAAGCAAGUACUAGUGAAUUUGGCUGUCAACAAUAAACUUACUGCGCCGGGACGCGGAGCUGCGAGGUCGAGUGAAAGCUAGUCGACUGCUCCAGUCACCAGUAGUCACCCCGUCCCUCCCUGGAGAACUUUUUAAUGUGAAUACAGAGCCCACGGACGAGGCUAUCAUGUCCAAUCUCAGCAGAGGCGGCACCAAGAAAGACACCAAAAUGAGGAUACGGGCCUUUCCUAUGACAAUGGAUGAGAAGUAUGUGAACAAUAUAUGGGACCUCCUGAAGAAUGCCAUCCAGGAGAUUCAGAGGAAGAACAAUAGUGGGCUGAGCUUUGAGGAACUCUACAGGAACGCCUACACCAUGGUGCUCCACAAACAUGGAGAGAAGCUUUACACUGGACUGCGGGAGGUUGUCACCGAACAUCUUAUCAACAAAGUACGAGAAGAUGUCCUCAACUCCCUCAACAAUAACUUCCUUCAAACCCUAAACCAGGCUUGGAAUGACCAUCAGACGGCAAUGGUGAUGAUCCGGGACAUCCUCAUGUACAUGGACCGGGUUUAUGUGCAGCAAAAUAAUGUGGAGAAUGUCUACAAUUUGGGUCUCAUCAUCUUUAGGGAUCAGGUUGUCCGCUACGGCUGUAUCAGAGACCAUCUACGACAAACCCUACUGGACAUGAUUGCACGUGAAAGGAAGGGGGAGGUGGUGGACAGGGGCGCCAUCAGAAAUGCGUGCCAAAUGUUGAUGAUCCUCGGCCUUGAAGGCAGAUCCGUUUAUGAAGAGGACUUUGAGGCACCUUUCUUGGAAAUGUCUGCAGAAUUUUUCCAGAUGGAGAGCCAGAAGUUCCUAGCAGAAAAUAGUGCUAGUGUGUACAUAAAGAAGGUGGAAGCCAGGAUUAAUGAGGAGAUUGAGCGGGUGAUCCACUGUCUGGAUAAAUCUACAGAGGAGCCCAUUGUCAAGGUAGUGGAGAGGGAGCUCAUAUCCAAGCACAUGAAGACAAUUGUAGAGAUGGAGAACUCUGGUCUAGUCCACAUGCUCAAGAAUGGAAAGACCGAUGACCUGGCGUGUAUGUACAAACUGUUCAGUCGCGUUCCCAAUGGACUGAAGACCAUGUGUGAGUGUAUGAGCUCUUACCUUCGGGAGCAAGGCAAGGCUCUUGUGUCGGAGGAGGGAGAAGGGAAAAACCCUGUGGACUACAUCCAGGGCUUACUGGACCUGAAGUUGCGUUUUGACCGAUUCCUCCAGGAGUCUUUCAACAAUGACCGUCUCUUUAAACAAACUAUAGCUGGUGACUUUGAGUACUUCCUUAACCUCAACUCGCGCUCGCCUGAGUACCUCUCACUCUUCAUUGAUGACAAACUAAAGAAAGGAGUAAAAGGGCUGACAGAGCAGGAGGUGGAGUCCAUACUGGACAAAGCUAUGGUGCUGUUUCGCUUCAUGCAGGAAAAGGAUGUAUUUGAGAGGUACUACAAGCAACAUCUGGCCCGCAGGCUGCUCACCAACAAGAGUGUCUCGGAUGACUCAGAGAAAAACAUGAUCUCAAAGCUUAAGACUGAGUGUGGCUGUCAGUUCACCUCUAAACUGGAAGGCAUGUUCCGGGAUAUGAGCAUCUCAAACACCACUAUGGAUGAGUUUAGACAACAUCUGCAGACAACUGGGGUGUCUCUUGGAGGUGUUGAUCUCACUGUGAGGGUGUUGACAACAGGUUACUGGCCAACACAGUCGGCAACACCCAAGUGCAACAUCCCCCCUUCACCACGACAUGCAUUUGAAGUUUUCAGGAGGUUUUAUCUUGGCAAGCACAGUGGCAGACAACUAACACUGCAGCACCACAUGGGCUCUGCAGAUCUCAACGCCACCUUCUACGGUCCCAUUAAAAAGGAGGAUGGGUCAGAGGUUGGAGUCGGGGGAGCUCAAGUAACCGGUUCCAACACUCGGAAGCACAUCCUGCAGGUGUCGACCUUCCAGAUGACCAUCCUCAUGCUUUUCAAUAACAGAGAGAAGUCUACUUUUGAGGAGAUCCAACAGGAGACAGAUAUCCCAGAGAGGGAGCUGGUGCGAGCACUGCAGUCUUUGGCCUGUGGGAAGCCCACUCAGAGAGUCCUCACAAAGGAGCCCAAGUCCAAGGAGAUUGAGAAUGGUCAUGUGUUUACAGUUAAUGACCAGUUUACCUCCAAACUGCAUCGGGUCAAAAUCCAGACAGUGGCUGCUAAGCAAGGAGAGUCCGACCCAGAGAGGAAGGAGACUCGACAGAAAGUGGAUGAUGACAGGAAGCACGAGAUUGAAGCUGCUAUUGUUCGCAUCAUGAAGUCUAGGAAGAAGAUGCAGCACAAUGUCUUAGUAGCAGAGGUCACACAGCAGUUGCGAGCACGAUUCCUUCCCAGUCCUGUAGUCAUCAAGAAACGUAUUGAAGGACUCAUUGAGAGGGAAUAUUUGGCACGAACACCGGAGGACCGCAAAGUGUACACCUAUGUAGCGUAAAACAUGUGAAUUCAGAGCACCAUAGAGGCGGGAGAAACAGCGAGCCUUGUUUUUGUGGACUGUUAUGCGUUUGAAAGAACUUGGAAGUGCUCUCAUCGUUGAUUCUGGGAUACACUGGGAAGUUUAACUUUUCUUCCAUAAAAAAUGUUAGAAAAAAAAAUCAUGCAAAAGAUGGGGAAGUUUUCUAGCAAUAUUAGACUUCUUCUGCUAACAGAAAUGACCAGAGGGAGGGGGUGGUCUAGUUUUGUACAAAAUGAUGUUUCUUGUGGCCUUUGGGGAGAAUUGGGAGAGACUGACCAAAAGGUUGAAGGAGGAGUGUUGCUGGGUGGUUAUUAAGCUGACAUGCGGCUACAGAGAGACUAAGAAAACAUUAGAAUUCACACCCCUGUUUUAAUUGUUGAUGUCUGUGUUAUGUUUGUGUUAUGUGGCACAACUAUGGCUGUACAGACACUCUUGGCCCUUUCCCCUCUCUGAAGAUUUGAAAUUGAACAAAGAGGGCAAAGUGUUACCUGGGACAGACUUGGCUUACAUCAAUCAAAUACACUUUGAGUACUUGGGGAACCUUAACGAGUGCUUAAUUUAUGUUGCAAAUCUUUCUGUGUUUCAGGUGCUUAAUGCCUGCAAUUAAUUAAUUGCACCUUCUUUACUGUCUUAAUGACAUUCUCAGAUAGAAUAUUUUGGCCAGGUCUGUGCUAGUGGUCUGAGAUUAAAGUAAGGAAACCUCCCACCAUGCUUUUAGCAACAAGCUCCAUCAGGGGAAUAAGACAACCAUGAAGCCCCCAUUGACGUUUCGGUCCAUCAUUACAUUUUACUCAGGCCUGUAUGAGUGACCACAAGAUGACAGCCUCUCUCUGAAUGGCUCGUUCCCUGUGGUGCAGGUUUCAAUGAGGAUUUGUUUUGUUCCUACUCAGUUGCAUUUUGAAUGGGUGGAACCUGACUAGCACCAUGUUCUAAUGUGUACAAAUUGUAAAAUAAUUAUUGUACUCACUGCGAAGGUGGAUUGUACAGGGCCUUGUUUUCAUCAUAAUAAAUGUAGAAUAAAACGGA